AGUGGGGGAGCACCUUCAUGUAGCUAAUGUCACCCAUAACAGCACCCAUCAAUGCUUCAGUGCUUUUGAGGACAUGAGAGUGCCUCUGAGCAUCAGUCAGGUUCAUCACACAGAAGAGAUCGACAGCAUAGCCAUCGUCAAUGGGUUUGCACAAUUCACGCCCACAGCUGUACCCUGGAGACAUUAUCGAAUUCCCUCGAAACAAGUAUUUCUCCCAUUUUGGAGUCUUCUAUGGAGAGAGGGAUGGAGUUCCUUAUGUUGCACAUUUGACAUGCAGGGACUCGGACACAAAACUCCUGCUCUUCGGUCGAGCUUUGAACUCUGCUGUAAAGCUGGACCCACUUGACGUAGUUGGGAAAAAAUAUAAAGUGAAUAAUUACCUGGAUGAUAAACACCCUCCUCGAGACUUCUACUCCCACAUCAAGCCUGAGAUUGAAGACGUGAUGACUAAAACCAUCACCUUCGAUAUCCUGUUUCACAACAGUGAACAUCAAGCAACACUGUUACGCUACGGGGUCAAAAAGUCAGAGCAAAUUGAAAAAGUCUAUGCGAAGGUAGUUCCCACCUGGCGUCAACCGUUUGAGAAGAAAAGGUUUUGAUUCAGAAGUUUAUCUUGAUCUGGACCUUUACAGAGAUGAUCUUUACAGGACGACUGACUUCUCUUUUUCUGUAUUACAUUUACAAUUGUGUACCAUUCACAUCAUAUAGACGUAUCAACAAUGUAAGCUAUUCUCAAUUGUAAAGUCAGAACAACAAGGGGAACAUGUAGAGUAGAUUCUUCAAUUUUUUUCAUACCUUUUCUACUUGGACUCUCACACUAGUCAGUUACUCAGUAUCUCCACUUGGGGUCACAAUUGACACAUUUAAUGUUGUUCUGAGGGAGCAUUUCACACCAAGGCCACCAUUUACUAAAAGAGUUCAUACUGUGGAGCUUGGAGGAAGUGACUUACAAAUUUAUUUUCAACACUGAAACUGGAGAAAACAAGUCAGCAGGACUAGUGGUUGCUUCACUUUGGGAACAGAAAGCAAAAUGUUGGUAAAAACCCUGUCUAACUUUGAAAAGGUGAAAAAGGAAAUAUGAGAAAAAGAGUACUUCAUGGUUACCUAAGAAAUGUAUAUAUACUUUUUAAGCGUAGUAUUUGCCUUCCUAUCCCACAUUACCAAGUCACAUGACUUUUGAUUCACUAGCAGUUUGUGUAAAGAAAGGUUAAAGCUGCCAUGACAGUUAAAUAUUACAUAUUAAAUGAUCACUUUUGCAUGGAAUCCUCUCUUAAACAUUUAAGAUAUAGUUUAUUAAUAAGACCUUCAAUAUCUUCUUCCACCUUAUAUAUUAUAGUUACUUACAGUUGCAUAUUGUCUCCACUAAAAAUUUCAAAUGAUAAAAAUAAAUAAAUAAAAAACCAAAAACA